GAACUUUCAAAGAACAUACGCCAUACAACAUCAACAACAACAACAUCGCUUGACGCGUAUCUUCGGAAGACACUUGCUGCGGUAGCGUCCAGCACUUCGAAUUCCAGCAGAUUCGAUCGCUCCCGAGAUGCGGUGAUAAUAUUUGAAGAAUAUAUCAAUCCUCCUACAAGUUAACGCAAAAUUAUCGAAGGUCAAACCGAAUUCCGAAGCGAGAUCAAAAUGGAACUAUCUGCUCAGGAUGGAUCAAAUAACAAUACGCAACUUCCCGUCGAUGCGGCACUAAAAAAAGUGGUUCCUGAUGAAAUUAAAAUCGGUGGUAAAGUGAUACAGACCCAACCGGGCGUGGCCAAGGUGUCGUCUUCUGUCUCCAACGUGGUGAUGAAACAGCCCAUGGCCGGGGACACCAUAGAAGGCGCAACCAAAGCUAUCGAGUUGGGGAAAUCCCUGAAGGGUAAAAAUAUGUCUGAUGUCAAGGAAUUCGGCAAAUCCAUCAAGGACAAAAAGGUGACAAAGGAUGGUGCCAAGAAGAUGGGCAAGUCCCUAUCGCAGAUGGACUUGGAGGGGCCAACUGUGAAGAUCGGGCGAACCCCGGGGGAGAAGACAUACUUCGUCGCGGAUAUAGGAUGCGGGGAGCUCUCCAAGGAUUGCUGUAACGGUUGCUUCAUGUGCCUCGCUCAAGGCCCAUCCGUUGGAUUGGUGGCCGCGUGCAGUAAAGGGGAGGACGGGGUGUACAUCGACAACGGCUAUCGCUUGUCGGCGGGAAGCUUCUCCACGAUCUGCGGGUGCUUCAUCUUGACCUUCAAGCUGGGUAUGGAUUCAGGAAUAGCUUGGACCAAGGACAAAAAGCAGUUCGAGGUGAUGGGGACAGGUUUGAAUUCGGAAAAGGGGUGCACCUUCAACAUCCUGGGUAACGAAGUUGGCUAUGUCGACAGGAACAAGUAUUUGAAAAAGUACGAAGAGAGGAGGCAGCGACGGGCAGCCGGGCUGGAAGCACCACCGCAGAGUCUUCGGAAGCAAAUGAAGAGGGAAAAGGAGAAGCUGGAAGGGGAGAUGAAAACAGUAGUGGCGGAUGCCAAGCAAGGUGUAGAGGAUGCCAAAGAAGGCGCGGAAAAUGCCAAGAAAAUGUCGAUGAAGGCGAAGGAUGGGAAGUUAAGUAUUAAGGAAAAGUUAGCAAAUGCAAAGGACGGGAUAGUCAACGCCGACAUGGUCAAGGUAAAGGUGGAACAAGCCAAGGAAGGGUUAGUGAAAAGCACUAAGGAAAAGACAGUGAAUGCCGUUAAGGAAGGGAUAGCAAAUCCUGCGGCUAUCUUAGAAGACAAUCUCUAACUUCUUGCUACCUACCUGGUGUUACUCCCAGUCGUUUAAGCGUUUAUAAGAGGGGUCAUUGUCAUUUGAAAUUAUAUUUGUAAACCGAAGAGAUUUGAGGAAUUUUCGAAACUUUUUAAAAAGCACUCAAAAACCCCAAGGACAAUUAAUUGUCGGGUCGUGUGGUCCAGUGGUUAGAACAUAACGAUGUCGAACAAGUCCUAGAGGAGAGGCUGUAUAGUCGUUAUUGGCAACCCAGUCAAGAAGAUAAAAAAAUAUGGAAUAUCGGCGGUCAUGAUAAGAUUUGAAAAUAAAUCUCAGUUUUCGCUCGGUCAAUUCAUGCAGUGUCUAUGAUUGAGUGAAUUUUACUCCUAAAACAUGAUUUUUUUUUCCUGAUAUACUCUACCCAACAAACAUUUAUGCUCCGUUUUUACCCAUCAUUGAGUAAUUGUUUUACAUUACCCACCUUUUUUCUAUAGUGUAUUGUCUUGAAUAUUUGAGGGGAGGCAUUGUUAUGAUAUUUUUCUUGGGGUAUGCCCCCCAUUUAUGUAUAUUGUUAUAGUCAUCACAAUGAGGGCAUUUAUUUAUACUGGAUAUUCUCAUUUUAAGAAGUAUAUAUAAAUAUUUACAGUGCGUCAGUUAAAAGUCUACACUUUGAAAAAGUCCUGGACAUUGUUAGAAUUUACAAUGAGGGGAUUUUUCACAUAAAUUUUCGGCUUCGGUCUCUUCUACUCUUUCGUCCAUGAAAAUAAAACAUUGUACCUUGUUUGAACAAUUUUGCUACCGAAAUUAACAGUCUGACCCCAGGUAAACACAACUUCAGUUUGUUUGUGACAGCUGUAUCCGAUGGGGACAUAAAAGUUCAUCACGAGCAUUUUUCUUGAAGGAGUUUUGUCCUUUAAUAUCAAAAGGGUUUUCAUUUCUUACGCAUUUCCUCUACCGUGUCUACACUUUCUCAAGCAAAACAAUAGCAGGUAGAGGGAAACAGGGGACCGGGCAUGGUGGCUCAGUGGUAGAGCGUCCGCCUCGUCAACUAGAGGUGUUGGGUUCGAUCCUUAGCCGAGUCAUACCAAAGACUUUCAGAAAUGGGACCUUUUACUUUCUUGCUAAGCGCUCAGCAUUCGGAUCGGAAAAGGGUAAUAAUAACAUAAUGUUAUGCAGGUACCGCUGGUAGAGCAGUUUCCUAACUGAAGUGGCUAAACCCUGGGUAAAUAAAACGUUAUUAUUGUUAUUUUCAUUGUAUCAUACGGUCAAAAGCUACAAUGUAACGCAGAUAUGACACGAUAUUCUACACGAAGGUUGGGGGUGGGGGAGGGGCUUGUAAAUUUCUGCGCAAGUCAUUUUUAACGUACUUAUUAAAAGCAAGUGCAUGGUGCUUACUCAAAUGGAUCCCCGACAUUCAUGAAUAUUGUCAUUUGUAUAAAGAAACUUACAUUAAACCAAUGUGGAGAUGUGGAAAGAGAAAAGGUCAGGAUAUUGCAAAUUUUUGGGUUAUAGGAUUUUUUCAAAGUGUAAACUUUUUUAUGCGUACUGUAUAUUGAUUCUUGUAAUGCAAUGUAUAUCAAUUCGAUUAUCUGCCUUUGGCAUUUGUAAGUUUUCUGUAAUAAAAUCCUUAUAUUUGUAUACUAUA